GAAUUAAAUCUUCUGUGUUGAAAUUUUAUAUAAGUAUGAUAAUAUAAACGAUUUAUUAAGCAUUGGACAUCUGUUAAACAGAGAACUAUUUUUCAGUGCAACUGUGUCCGAAAGUGUUGUUAGGUCCGAUGCAGCGGCUGUUAUUGUGAUUUGGUUAUUAAUAUUAUACAUUAAGAUGUCAUCUUACAAAGUUACGAAAAAUGCCUUUUUGUGGGGCAUGGCAGCAAUAUAUUUGCUUGCAUUUUCAUCGCUAUAUGUGCAAAUUCCUGGUUUAUAUGGUGACAACGGAAUAUUGCCAGCUAGAUUAGCGGUGGGAAAAGCUGCAAAGUCAUUUGCUGAUUUACUAGAUGGACAUCCAACUUUGCUGAGAUUAAUGCCAAUGAUAGGAUUAGAUACUGAAACUGGCCUAGAUCUCCUUUGUAUACUAGGUAUACUGAUCUCAUUUGCAGCACUUCUGUUCCAGGCAGCUAGAGAUGUUUUUGCCUUUACUCUUUUAUGGAUGUUAUAUUUGUCUAUAUACCAGGUUGGACAAACAUUUAUGUGGUUUCAGUGGGAUAUUUUACUGUUGGAAGCAGGUUUUCUAACAAUUUUGGUGGCACCAUUAAAUAUUCAGCUACCAAAGAAGUACAGAAUGUCUAUACACCAUGAGCAUGACUCAAUAACACUUUGGUUGGUUAAAUGGCUACUGUUUAGACUGAUGUUUGCAUCUGGUAUUGUUAAACUAACCAGUGGUUGUCCUACCUGGUGGGGUCUUACAGCAUUAUCAGUGCACUUUGAAUCUCAGUGUAUUCCUACACCACUAGCCUGGUAUUGGCACCAAUUCCCAGAAUGGUUUCUGAAACUGAGUUGUGUCGCCACAUAUGUGAUAGAGAUGGCCAUACCAUUCCUGUUCUUUGCACCUGUCAGAGGCUUAAAGAUAUUUGCCUUUUGUGCGCAGCUAAUGCUACAGAUCUUGAUCAUAUUAACAGGGAACUAUAAUUUCUUCAACCUUUUGACCAUAGUGCUAUGUAUUCCUUUACUAGAUGACCAGGCAUUUGGAAAGAAAGGAAGGAAGAGAACAAGAUCUACUGGACUUUUAUCUAACAUUUUUGAGAUAGUAACAGUAUGUUACAUAGGUUACCAGACUUGGAAGCUGUUUUCGUUACAAGUUGUAACCAGUCCAAGUUUUUCUAUAAAGUCAGAAAUAGCUUUUAGUUCUAAAGAAUUUGACCAUUGGUUAGAACAAAUAGUUCCAUGGACAAUAGUAAUAGGUUGUGUAUCUCUGGGAUAUGAAGUUCUUCUUUCUGUAUUAAGAUGUUUCAUAACUGAUUCUAAUAUUGUAUGGAAAGUAUGGUCAGCUGUUUUAUGUCUAGUGUUCGGUGUGCUUGCUGUGGCAAUGUUCUGUUUAAGUCUGGUUCCUUUUACUAAUGAAUUAGAUUGGAAGUCAAACCAAAAAAUUCCACCAGCAGUUCGUAAUGUCAAUGAAAAACUUGACCCCUUCCAAAUUACCAGUUCAUAUGGACUGUUUAGAACAAUGACUGGUGUCGGUGGGAGACCAGAAGUUAUUGUAGAGGGUAGUAACAGUAUGCAGACAGGUUGGAAGGAGUAUGAGUUCCUGUAUAAACCUGGUAACCUGUCUAAAAAAUUACCUAUAGUUGCACCUCAUCAACCAAGAUUGGAUUGGCAGAUGUGGUUCGCUGCUCUUGGUAACUAUCAACAUAAUCCAUGGUUUGUAACAAUGGUGUAUCGAUUGCUUACUGGGCAGGAGGAGGUUCUAGAGUUGAUCGCCAACAAUCCAUUCCCAGAUGCUCCGCCAAAAUAUAUUAGAGCCAAAUUGUACCAUUACCAUUACACAAGUUCCAGCCAAACAAGAUCCCCUAAAAAUUGGUGGACACGGAAAGAAAAGUCUGAGUAUUUACCUACUCUGAGUAAAGAUACCUCUAGUUUAUUGGAUAUUAUAAAACAUUAUAAAGUGGAACCUGUAAAAAGGAAACCUCAAAGUUUGACAUUUGUUGGUAAUUCUGUAAAGUGGCUGAGAGAGAAGAUAGGACAACCAGAGGGAUUCAUAUUUACCAUGUCGACAUUCACAGCAGCCUUAGUUAUAAACUUUCUAAGCUGGAUACAGAUCUUUUAGUUUAUAAAUUAUGGCUGAAUAUGGCUGAAAACAGAGUCAAUUAAGGGUGGUUGGUGAUACAUGGUCAUCAAAUUCACCCAGAAAAGAUUAAUACAAAUUAAAAUAAUUAAUUGAACAAAAAUAAUUUUCAAUAUUAUCGAUUAAAGAAAAACUGUUCUUGCUGAACAAUUCCAGUCUAGUGUCAGGUCUUUAAAAGUUUGAAAAUCCUAAUAUCAAAAAUAAUUUACUAAUUUAAAACUAUUAGAUAAAUCAGGGGCAGAUCCAGCUAUUUUUAAAAGGGGGUUCAUAAACUUGGAGAUGGGGGGUCCCAACUACUACUUUAUGUCCUCAUUCAAAUGCAUUAAUUGUCAAAUUAAGGGGGGGACGACCUUCCCCCUGGAUCUGCAUUUUUAAAUGAUAAUUGUUAGGUUGUUGCAGAAUGUAGAUUAACAUUUCAAUUGUGUUGUUAAGCUUUGAUGUUGAAAGUUCUUUUCAACCAAAUUUACAGAUAUUAAAGAUUCUGUGUAAACCAUAUGAUGUUUUAGCCCACUUUAUAGUCCAUAUGACCAGUAUAACCUUAUGUCAUCACUGGGCUUCUGUCAACCCUUCUUCACUCUGUUCAUUACCUUUUCAUAUUUUAAACUUCCCUUCUGAACUCACAAAAGCCAAUUUAAAAUGAAAAUUGUACGAAAAAUUGUUUAUAACCACCUUGCUAAAGAUUCUAAAUACAACAACAAAAGAUUUAGUUUUUACUGGAAGUUGUUGGUUCUGGAUGGUCAGAUUAAUAAUUUCUUCUAAAUCCUUCAAACUAAAUCAUUUUGAAACAUCAUAUACAGGCAAGAUGAUUUAGAAUUCCUCUGUUUAAUCAUCCUUGUAAAAAUACUACUGUGGAUUCAUUCAUUUUCGUGGGUACCAAUUUUCGUGGAUUAAGAAAAACUUGCAUAUUCGUGGAUAUUUAAUUUCGUGGUUUUGCUGAAGUCUGCAUACAAACCUAUAGAAAAAUUAUCAUUCGUUGAAUAUUUAAUUUCGUGGUUUGACUGUGCCCACGAAAUCCACGAAAAUUGGUAUCCAACGAAUAAUAAUGAAUCCACAGUAACCAAAUCUUGAUAAAGUUGAUAAGAAUCUUGAUAAAGGUGCAGUAUCCUUUAAACAGAUUUAUCAUAUAAUGCAAAUUGGAAGGCAUUUUAGAUAGCAAUGAUUACAAAAUGAUUCCCAUUGAAAUUAUUUAAAAUUUAACCAAAAUAAUAGACUGAGCAACAACUUUCCAUAGAUAAUAUAUAUAAAACCCUUUGAUAAAAAUAUCAUUUCUUCCAUUCAGUCAAAAAGUUGCCUGGUAAAGUUAUGGUUACUAUAGUUGAAUUGCUCAGGUUAAUUACUGCCAAAGUUAAGGCGUUAGAAUAGGUUUUUUAUGGUAAAAAAGUUCACAUUGAUGACAAUUACCAUAAAUACAUUUAAGCAAUACAUGUACAACCACUACAGAGCCUCUCUUGUUAUUUUUUAUUUUUAUACGACCGCAAAUUUUGAAAAAAUUUUCGUCGUAUAUUGCUAUCACUAUGGCGUCGUCGUCGUCGUCCGAAUACUUUUAGUUUUCGCACUCUAACUUUAGUAAAAGUGAAUAGAAAUCUAUGAAAUUUUAAAACAAGGUUUAUGACCAUAAAAGGAAGGUUGGUAUUGAUUUUGGGAGUUUUGGUCCCAACAUUUUAGGAAUUAGGGGCCAAAAAGGGCCCAAAUAAGCAUUUUCUUGGUUUUUGCACUAUAACUUUAGUUUAAGUUAAUAGAAAUCUAUGAAAUUUUGACACAAGGUUUAUGACCACAAAAGAAAGGUUGGGAUUGAUUUUGGGAGUUUUGGUUUCAACAGUUUAGGAAUUAGGGGCCAAAAAAGGGCCCAAAUAAGCAUUAUUCUUGGUUUUUGCACAAUAACUUUAGUGUAAGUAAAUAGAAAUCAAUGAAAUUUAAACACAAUGUUUAUGACCACAAAAAGAAGAUUGGUAUUGAUUUUGGGAGUUUAGGUCCCAACAGUUUAGGAAUUAGGGGCCAAAAAGGGACCCAAAUAAGCAUUUUUCUUGGUUUUCGCACCAUAACGUUAGUAUAAGUAAAUAGAAAUCAAUGAAAUUUAAACACAAGGUUUAUGACCAUAAAAGGAAGGUUGGUAUUGAUUUUGGGAGUUUUGGUCCCAACAGUUUAGGAAAAAGGGUCCCAAAGGGUCUAAAAUUAAACUUUGUUUGAUUUUAUCAAAAUUGAAUAAUUGGGGUUCUUUGAUAUGCCGAAUCUAACUGUGUAUGUAGAUUCUUAACUUUUGGUCCCGUUUUCAAAUUGGUCUACAUUAAGGUCCAAAGGUCCAAAAUUAAACUUAGUUUGAUUUUGACAAAAAAUGAAUCGGUUGGGUUUUCUUAGAAUGUACUUAGAUUCUUGAUUAUUGGCCCAGUUUUCAAGUUGGUCCAAAUCUGGGUCCAAAAUUAAACUUUAUUUGAUUUCAUCAAAAAUUGAUAAAUGGGGUUCUUUGAUAUGCCAAUUCUAACUGUGUAUGUAGAUUCUUCAUUUUUGGUCCCGUUUUCAAAUUGGCCUACAUUAAGGUCCAAAGGGUCCAAAUUGAAACUAAAGUUUGAUUUUAACAAAAAUUAAAUUCUUGGGCCUCUUUGAUACGCUGAAUCUAAACAUGUACUUAGAUUUUUGAUUAUGGGCCCAGUUUUCAAGUUGGUCCAAAUCAGGAUCUAAAAUUAUUAUAUAAGUAUUGUGCAAUAGCAAGUCUUUUCAAUUGCACAGUAUUGUGCAAUGGCAAGAAAUAUCUAAUUUCACAACAUUGUGAAAUAGCAAUUUUUUUUUUAAUUAGAGUUAUCUUUCUUUGUCCAGAAUAGUAAGCAAGAAAUAUCUUAUUGCAAGAUUUUUUUUUAAUUGGAGUUAUCUUUCUUUGUCCAUAAUCAACUUAAAUCUUUGUUAUAUACAAUAUACAAUGUAAAUGAAUCUAAAUUGAAAACUAUUCACUUUUAUCUACCAACUGAUAAAUUUAAAUAAUCUUUACCAUUCAGUGAUAACAAGCAGUUUUUUUACACCUUAAUAUUUUAUGAUGUAAUUAAAUGAGUAGUUAUUGUUGCAAACUCCAUUAGAAUAUUUUAAUUGAGAUUAGUUUUGGAAUAAGGGAAAGGGGGAUGUGAUUAAAAAAUUGGGUUUAAUUUUUCUCAUUUGAAAUUUUAUAAAUUAAAAGAAAAUUUCUUCAAACAUUUUUUUGAGAGGAUUAAUAUUCAACAGCAUAGUGAAUUGCUCUAAGAGAAAACAAAAAUUUUAAGUUCAUAAGAACACAUUCAUUCUGUGUCAGAAACCUAUGCUGUGUCAACUAUUUAAUCACAAUCCAAAUUUAGAGCUGAAUCCAGCUUGAAUGUUGUGUCCAUACUUGCCCCAACCGUUCAGGGUUCAACCUCUGCGGUCGUAUAAAGCUACGCCCUGCGGAGCAUCUGGUUUGUAUUUAGUGUUGUUUAUUAUAAGUAGCCCUUAAACUGUACAUGAUUACAUCUGUCAAUAUAUAUGUAUAUUAACAUUUAUGUGCCAUUUUGUAAAUAGUUCUGGAAAUCCAAAAACAGUAGGUCUCUUCAUAAAAUAAAAAACGAUAUCAAUUAUUUAUUCUAUUUAUUACUUUUCUAAGAUGGACACAUAUCUUUUAUUUUUUUCUUAUUGGUAACAUAUGGACUAAAGUAUAUUUUAGUUGAAAGAUUUUAGUGAGGUCAGCGGAGCAUCACUAUUUAUCUACUCAUGGUCAAAAGAGCAGCAUAUUUUUUGCUUUGUUUUUUUUUAGUUUCUAUAACUAUAUACAAACUAGGUUUGACUUUUACUUUUAUAUGUUUAUACAAAUAAUUAUACUAUCAGCUUCAUGGUGUUAGAUAUAUUUGUGUAUCCAUGGAGACUAUUUAAAGAAAGAAGAUACAUGAGUAGUUUUUGAUUGUUUUUUCUCCAUUUUGUUUUGGAUAGAUUUAAGUGAAUAAGAGAACUUGUUUAUUGAAUUUAAGAUUUUCAGGAUUUCUCUUGGCAUAAAAAUAUAUAUGAUAUAAUAAUUUAAUUUUGGAUUUUAAAAAAAAAUCUCGUCUUCUGAUUGGCUGACAGCAUUUUUUGUAUCAGCUCAUAGACAAAAUGUUUGUCAGGUGACAGAACAUCAUCAAUGUUUUCAUAAUUUAUUCAGGCUUAAAAUGAAAUUUAAAAUUAAAAUUAUAAGGAAUGACUGUACAAUAAAUGUGGUGCACACUGAAUUACCCGUAUAGCGUGUUAUUUUAAAGUGUGCACCACAUUUUUGAUGACAUUUCAAAUAGACAGAAAAAAUAUUACAGUCAUUCCUUAAAUAAAAUAUUUCAUUCUUUUAAUAUGUAUUUUUUAAGUAGUGGAAUGAAGGAAUAUGAUUUACCUAUUACAUUUUAGAUAUCCCCUUUAUGAUCUUUAUUUCAGAAUUUUGUUAAGUUACAUUUUUCAUGUUCUAAUUACUUUGUGUUUGCAAUUUUAAGACAAAAAUUGCACAGAAAAUUCCAAAGCCCAUAUGUAGUUAAGUUUUAUUACUUGUCUCUCUUAGCAAUUAAAUCAGGUGCAUAAUACAUUGCCUUUUUAUAUGUGUAUUUGUCUUAUUAUACACUUCCUGUAAACAUAUUGAAAAUUCUUUUUGAACCUUAAAAUAUACUGUGAAUUCAUUAUUAUUCAUUGAGUACCAAUUUUUGUGGGAUUCGUGGUUACAGGUGAACCACAAAUUCAAAUGUUCAACAAACUCAUAUUUUUAAUAGGCUCUAUAUACAGAGCUUGGCAAAACCACAAAUUCAAAUGUCCACGAAUAUGCAAGUUUUCAGCAAUCCACGAAAAUUGUUACCCACAAAAAUAGAUGACUCCACAGUAACCUAAUGUAAAAACAUAGGAAAUAAUAUUUUAGCUUGGAGUUUGUUAUUUCAUGUGUUGUUCAGAUGCUACGAGACUUACUCUCAGUAUUAGUCAUAUAGCUAGGUGUGAGGCUGCAUCUAGGGAAAGUAUUUCAUUUGCACAAAGGGAGAUUACUCUAACAUUUAUUUUACACCUCUGACUGGUAUGAUGUUUUGUGUUUGAGUUUAUUUCUCAUAGUCAUGAAGUAAGAGAUGUAGAACCAUUUGUCUUUACAUAAUGAUGUAUCUAACCAAAUAGUGCACAUGUUUGUUAUGUUUGAAUUCUUUUUUCAAGUUUGUACUUUUAAUUAUUCCUUUUAUAGCAUCUGGAGACAAUAUAUUGAAAGUCUUUUUUAAUUUGUAUUGUUAGGUUGUUGUUAAAUUGACAUAUAUACCAUAUCUGUUAAUUACAUAUAUAUUAAAAGUUCAUCCUGUUUGAAUUAUGCAAUGCAUGUGUUCUUAUGUAUUAUAGUUAUUAUACAGUAUAUUGCUUAGCAACAGAAAGGAAUUUUGAUGCAAUUGUGUGAAAAAAGUUAAAAAAGCAAUUAUUUAAUCAAGCUUAUAGUUGUGUGUUUUGUAUUUGUAAAAAGGAGUACAUUUUAAAAUUUUCCUAGUAUGUUUUUACUCCUGUUUUUUGUUAAGCAAUGCAUUAAAAAAAAUGUGCACAGCUACUAGUGUUACUUUCAUGGGGAAGUUUAAAAAAUUGAAUCAGAGUAUUUUAUCCACCCACAAAGAUGGCCACUGUUGCUUAGAAUAUAACAAAGGGUUAAAAUACAUUUUUUUUGGCUAAAAAACUAAAGAAGUACAAGCUCAAUUAAUGACCUAGUAAAAUUUAGCAUCAGGUCAAGGUCUAUCUUAAGAAAUUUUUUGAAAUUAUUGCACCUUAGAUGUAAAUGCUUUGGCAAAUUUCUGGGUAAUUUUCUUGCAAACUAAAACAAACAAAGAGAAAUUUUAAAAGUUAAAAUUACCACAACAACAAGAUUAUAUAAAUGUUAACUUGGGUAGAAAUUGACUAUUGACCCAUUAGGUUCUGUUGCCUUUGAAAUAUACUUUUUACCCUUUUGCAUUUUUUUCUGGAAACUAAAAUUGAUUAAGAAAAUCUCUCAAUCUUACAAAUUAUGAAAUAAUCAGCAAAAUAAGAUCUAGAAAUAAGUCAACGUGUACGAAAUUGUCAGUUGACCUUUAUAGAAGUUACUGCCCUUGAAAGAUGAUUUUUAUUUAUUACCUAUUUUGAGUAUUUGGUGAUCAUCAUUACUAGAUCUUAAAAAAAGGCCACAUAAUAAGAUUUACAAAUAAGCAAACAACUGAUUGCAAUAAAAAUUUUGAUAUCAAAAUGACAUUUUAUUAUCAGGUGAACAAUUCAACCACUUGGGAGCCUCUUGUUUCAAUCAUUGUUAUUUCUACAACUUUUUUGUACAGUUUGAAAUUAUUCUGUCCAUAUUUUCAUUUUACUUUUUUUUUGUAUCUGAAAAAAACCCAAGCACACAGAACUCUCUACUUUGACAUAUACAUAAGUCAGAAAGACUUUACCUUUUUGUAAAUGUUAUUUUUAAUUUUAGCUGUAUACAUAAAUGGUUACAUAUAGCUACAUAAAAAGUGCUGUUAAAUGGUUAAAUUUUGUUAUAUUUUUUAAUUACAAAAAAUAAUAUAUGAAUAUCUUGUGCAGGAUUUAGGAAUAAUUUUAUUCAGGUAAAACUUUAUUAUAUAGUAAUUAUAUCUCUGUUUUGUUGUGGAAAUGACAUAUAUAAAAUGUAUGUUUAGAGGGUAAAGAUUAUACAUUUACAUUAAUGUGCAUUGUGUGCAUGUGUGUUAGUUAUAUAUAGCAUGUUAUUGAUUAUAUGUGUAUACUUCUGUCUCAAUACUAAAUAAAGGAUUGAUCUGCUUGA